GCCGCGGGCCUGUCAAGGGACGGGACCGGGGGCGGGCGGCGGCGAGUCGGGAUAAACACUCGGCGGCCGCGGCUGGGAUCCGGGCUCCGUGCCGUCCCAGCGCUGUCCCUCCUCGCUGGCCAGCGCGGCGGCUCUUCGGCGUUCCCGGCCGGCGGCCCGCGGGCACCGAGAGGCGGCCCGCCGGGUGCAGGAUGGCGACAGCCGUCGGGAUGAACAUCCAGCUGCUGCUGGAGGCGGCCGACUACCUGGAGCGGCGGGAGAGAGAAGCUGAACAUGGGUAUGCCUCCAUGUUGCCGUACAGUAGCAAGGACAGAGAUGCCUUCAAACGGAGGAACAAGCCCAAGAAGAACAGCACCAGUAGCAGAUCGACUCACAAUGAAAUGGAGAAGAACAGGCGCGCUCAUCUCCGCCUGUGCCUCGAGAAGUUGAAGGGGCUGGUGCCGCUGGGCCCCGAGUCAAGCCGGCACACCACACUGAGUUUGCUGACAAAAGCCAAAUUGCACAUAAAGAAACUUGAAGAUUGUGACAGAAAAGCUGUCCACCAAAUAGACCAGCUUCAGCGGGAGCAGCGGCACCUGAAGCGGCGGCUGGAGAAACUGGGUGCCGAGAGGACCCGGAUGGACAGCGUGGGCUCUGUGGUGUCCUCAGAACGCUCUGACUCAGACAGGGAAGAGCUGGAUGUGGACGUGGAUGUAGACGUGGAUGUGGACGUGGAGAGCACAGACUACCUCACUGGGGACCUGGGCUGGAGCAGCAGCGUGAGUGACUCUGACGAGCGAAGCAGCAUGCAGAGCCUGGGCAGUGACGAGGGCUACUCCAGUGCCAGCGUCAAGAGAGCCAAGCUCCAGGCUGGGCACAAGGCAGCUCUCGGGCUCUAGGGGAGGGCCCAAGGGUCCUCUCAUCUGAUCACGUAGUGUACCAGACCUGCCCAGACGCCCUUGCACGCCAACCUCACGUACCACCUUGACCAAAAUCAGCUCUGUCCAUUUUGCAGAAAGCUCGUAGGGUUGUGGUUCUGAGUGCGGUCAGUAGCUUCUCUGUCCAUCCACGUCAACGCUGAGAGACCGUACAUUCCAGUCAAUUUGAAGCACCCAAGAAUCCUUAGCCCUAAGCAAGUUUCACCUCUCAGCAGCCCCCUGUACACUGUCCUCCUGCAGCUGGCCAGGCCUGUCUUAGUUUUCUGGCUUAUGAUGGUACUCGCCCAGGAGAGAAGUUCACACUUUGUCUGGCACAUAGGAAACCGAAGCAAACUUCUCAAAGGGAACUCAAUCUCAGAAACCCCAAAGGAAGCUUUGAAAGCAAAACUGCAGAGCACUGAGAAGCCAGGAAUACCUCCAGCAAGCCCUGUUGCGGCCCCGCCGCGGUGCCAUCGUGUCCCCACUGAAGAGCGGACACUCGGCAGCUCAGGAGAACAGUGUGCCCCCUGAGUGUUGUUCUGGGGACCUGGCUGUGUGCUGUGUCUCAAGGCACCCCCGCGCCCCGAGUUUGUUGAUGCUACUUGUCUCUGGAACAUUGUCCUACCUCAGAGAUAGAUGAGAUCUCCAUUGCCCACGUAACGAAAGUGAUUAUGCUUCUUUGCCCACGGCCCCACUCCCACCUGUUUUCCUGUCGGACUCCCAGCAAUAACUGAGUUUUGGCGCUGGCUGAGCUAGUAGCCACUGUCUCUGAGAGAAAGAGGCCACAUUUCUUCUAUGUGGCAAGUAAACAGGAGGGUCCCCAUGUCACCAAAACCUCCUGCUGAGAUAUUUUUGGACACAUCUGGAAGCUUCCUUCUGGAGACUUCUGGUUGAUGGCUGGAAAGGAUGAUGUUUUCUUCCCUUGUGGCAUUUUUAUUUAAGCUAAACCAGAGCACACGUGUAUUGUACAUAAGACACACAAACCUAUAAAUACUAUUUAUUCAUUUUAUAGAGACUAAUGGAAUGGAAUGGAAUAUAAAUUCUUAUGACUGCUUU